UGCUGCUUUCCCUUCGGUCUCCCUCGCCCCUUCUCUUGUCCCUCAAGCUCUCUUGCUCUCUAAACUCUGAGCUUGGCCGAGUGAGCUUCAAACUGACGUAGAGGAGGUGGUGACGAAGGCAAGAAGCUUGGAGGGCAGCGCUUGCCUUUGGGGAAAACCCGACUCCCUGAGCUGGAAACCGUGAUCCGGAGACAGGAGUCAGAAGAAGCUGCCAAGCGACGGAGGCGGCGGCAGCCAGAGGGCAUCUCUGAGGAUCUGCCUCCUCCAAAUACCGGAGCAAAACAGAAGAGAUUUGCUGGAUUUCUCCAAAGUAGGGUAGGAGUUGUAAGGGUCUCCAUCUGGGGAGUCCCUUUAGCAGUUGGGGUUGCUUCUUGCUGUCUUCCCACCCUCUCUCUGGAAGCAGUUUUAACGGAGUAGGGUGACUGGAUCCGUAUGGGCUUAAGGGGGAAGGGAUAGCAUGACGUAUGGGACAGAAACGAAGCCCAGCCGUUUGGAAAAAAGCCUAGUGAAGCGCCCUGGUCCCAAUCUCCUAAAUCCUCUUCACAUUUGUGGCGCCGAAAGCUGGACCUUCACUCCGAAGCCAGGGAGACCAUCUGGGAUGCUCGAGAUGCCCAGGAAAGGAAAUUGAUGCUGCCUUUCAAUUCCUCUGGAAUGAGUUUGAUUUGACUUCCCUUCCCCCCAAUCCCAGAAACUCAGUGCUUCCUGGGACACUCCCAUCCUGACCUGCCUAAGAAAAGACUGCCAUGUACACGGAAGAGAAAAGAAAGAAAAGAAAAAUAAGUACCUUGUUGAAAGAGAUUCUUUCUCUCUCAUUUGGCUGGUUGGCUUCAUGAUGGGCAGAGGAGAAAUACCCAGGUGACUAAAAAGGAAAAAAAAAUGUCAGAUUUCACAGGUUGUGAUGCACUACACAGAUGACUUUAAUAAAAAGAAGACAUGAAAAAUGCAUGAUUUUUGUCAUAAUAUGUUGACAAAACAAGUCUUCAGACAGCAGUCAACAGAGGCAAGAAAACCUGCAGUUAUGCCAUCUAAGAAGGACUUGUGAAAAUUGUUCAAUGCUGUUUGUUUCUCUAAAAGUAAGAAAAGAUAGAUUUCAAAGCAUGAAGGCUGUAAAAUCAGAAAAGAAAGGAAUAGUAAUUCCAACCACCAAUUUCACUGUAGGGAAUUCAGUACCUUACAUGAAUCUGUGAAAAAGGGGAAAGAAAGCAAAUUAGCACGUGUGGUGACCUCAUUACUAGUGUAAUAAUGACUUCAAAUUCAUAUUUUGGAACAUUUAUUUUUUUUUUCAAAAGUAUGUACUUUCAGCUAGUGAUAUAGACUCAAGUCUUGUGGUAUAGAGGAAAUAAUUCUUUACAUAUCUUGUGGCAAGGUUAUUUGGCUUUCAAGUUCCUGGAGUUUAAAUGGUAGUCUAACUGUGUCGGGCACACAGAUAGAGAAUAUAAGUUCUCACUUCUCUUGACUUCACUUAUUUUGAAUGAGUUGUGCAUUGACUGAAUCUCACAGGAAAAGAUCACAUUUGUUUUAAUCAAGGCCUUAAAUGUACUUUUUUAUAGUCAAUAGAUGAGUCAAUGUAAUGAGCAAUAUGCUUGACAUGUAUGCCUGAAGGAAAAGAACUGCCUAAUGGAUCAUGGCGCUAAUGUUUACAAGACAUUUCUUAUUUCUGUUAGUGUUAGUGAUGUUUGUUCACUCCAGUUUUGAAGAAUCUAUAAGCAAUUAUUCUGACUGGGCUGGUUUUGCAGAUGAUAUCGAUCAAUAUAAGACACAGCAAGUUCAAGAUUUCAAUCACAACCAAAAACUGAAAAAAGGGAGUUUCCAUCCAAGUUUAUAUUUUGAUGCUAGAGACAUCCAAGCACUGAGACAAAAGUCUCGCACAAGCCAUUUACAUCUUUUUAGAGUUAUCAGAAGUGCAGUUACAGUGAUGCUGUCCAACCCAACAUACUACCUACCUCCACCCAAGCAUGCUGAUUUUGCUGCAAAGUGGAAUGAAAUUUAUGGUAAUAAUCUCCCUCCCCUAGCAUUUUAUUGUUUGUUGUGCCCAGAUGACAAAGCUGCCUUUGAAUUUGUCUUAGAAUACAUGGAUAGAAUGGCUGGCUACAAAGACUGGCUAGUUGAGAAUGCUCCAGGGGAUGAGGUGCCACUUGGUCACUCCUUAACAGGUUUUGCUACUGCCUUUGACUUCUUAUACAACUUAAUUGAUAAUCAUAGGAGACAAAAGUACCUGGACAAAAUAUGGGCUGUCACAGAGGACAUGUAUGAAUAUUCUAAAGUCCGUGCAUGGGGAAAACAACUUCUCCACAACCAUCAAGCCACAAAUAUGUUGGCAUUACUCACUGGUGCCCUGGUGACUGGAGUAGAUAAAGGGUCUCAAGCAAAUAUAUGGAAACAGGUGGUAGUGGAUGUGAUGGAAAAGACUAUGUUUCUGCUCAAUCAUAUUGUGGAUGGCUCAUUAGAUGAAGGUGUAGCCUAUGGAAGUUACACUGCCAAAUCUGUCACACAGUAUGUUUUCCUGGCCCAGCGCCACUUUAAUAUCAAUAACUUUGAGAACAACUGGUUGAAAAUGCAUUUUUGGUUUUAUUUUGCUACACUUUUACCAGGUUUUCAGAGAACAGUGGGUAUAGCAGAUUCUAACUACAACUGGUUUUAUGGGCCAGAGAGCCAAUUGGUAUUCUUGGACAAGUUUGUGUUAAAGAGUGGAGCUGGCAAUUGGCUAGCUCAGCAAAUUAGAAAGCAUCGACCUAAGGAUGGCCCAAUGGUUCCUUCUACUGCCCAACGGUGGAGUACUCUUCAUACUGAAUAUAUUUGGUAUGAUGCAGAGCUCAUUCCACAACCUCCUGCUCACUAUGAUACUGCUAAGUUACAUGUAUUCCCCAACUGGGGGGUCAUCACUUAUGGGGCUGGCCUGCCAAACACCCAAACCAAUACGUUUUUGUCUUUUAAAUCUGGGAAAUUAGGUGGCCGAGCAGUCUAUGACAUAGUUCACUUUCAGCCAUAUUCCUGGAUUGAUGGCUGGCGAAGUUUUAACCCAGGUCAUGAACACCCUGACCAAAACUCUUUUACUUUUGCACCAAAUGGGCAAGUUUUUGUUUCUGAGGCCCUCUAUGGGCCCAAGUUAAGUCACCUCAACAAUGUUCUUGUGUUUGGCCCAUCACCUUCAAGCCAGUGCAAUCAACCUUGGGAGGGUCAGCUUGGGGAAUGUGCCCAGUGGCUCAGAUGGGCAGGUGAAGAAGUUGGUGAUGCUGCGGGAGAAAUUAUAACAGCCUCCCAGCAAGGGGAAAUGCUAUUUGUGAGUGGAGAAGCUGUGACUGCUUAUUCUUCUUCAAUGAAACUGAAAAGUGUGUAUCGUGCUUUGCUUCUCUUAAAUUCCCAAACUUUGCUCGUUGUGGAUCACAUUGAGAAGGAAGAGGACUCUCCAAUUAAUUCCGUCAGUGCCUUUUUUCAUAAUCUGGAUAUUGAUUUUAAAUAUGUCCCUUACAAGUUUAUGAACCAAUAUAAUGGAGCCAUGAUGGAUGUUUGGGAUGCCCAUUAUAAAAUGUUUUGGUUUGAUGAUCAUGGCAAUAGCCCCAUAGCGACAAUACAGGAAGCUGAACAGGCUGCUGAAUUCAAGAAACGGUGGACUCAGUAUGUGAAUGUGACAUUUCAAAUGGAAACUACUGUAAGCAGAAUUGCUUAUAUAUUUCAUGGACCCUAUGUCAAUGUUUCCAACUGUAGAUUUAUUGAUAAUUCUAAAUCUGGACUUCAGAUUUCAUUAAAUGUCAACAACAGUGACCAUAUUGUUUCCAUUGUAACAGAUUACCGAAAUCUCAAGACUCGGUUCAAUUAUCUGGGAUUUGGUGGCUUUGCUAAUGUAGCAAAUCAAGACCAUAUUACUCAUUUUGGUUUAGGCACUGAAACUAGAGAAAAAUUAGUAAAGAAUAAUAGUAUUGCUUUCCCCUUUGGUUUUAAAAUCAACAUGAUAGUAGGGUUGAUUUUGGGUGUAAGUUUAAUGAUUUUAGCUUUUCAGUGGAGAUUUUACCUUUCAUUUAGUAAACUAAUGCGUUGGAUCCUAAUCAUGGUUAUCAUAUUGUGGUUCAUUGAAUUGUUGGAUGUGUGGAGUACUUGUACACAGCCUAUCUGUGCCAAAUGGAGCAGUGACAUGAUAAGCACAGAAGCCAAGACAAGCAAAAGAGCCAAGCACUCUGAAGGACACCCCGUUGCUCUGCCAGAUGUUGUCAUUACCUCACUCCCCAGUUCAGGAGCUGAAAUCCUAAAACAGCUCUUUUUCAACAGCACUGACUUUCUGUAUAUUAGAGUCCCCACAACCUACCUUGAUAUCCCUGAAACCGAAUUUGAAAUAGACUCAUUUGUAGAUGCCUGUGAAUGGAGGGUGUCAGAUAUCCAGAGUGGUCAUUUCCGUUUGCUCAGAGGCUGGCUGCAAUCUUUAAUCCAGGACACAAAACUUCAUUUGCAAAACAUUCAUCUUCACGAACCCAGUAGGAGUAAACUCACUCAAUAUUCCACAGUUAACAAAGACAAAAAGAGAAAAUUAAAAAGGAGAGAAUCUUUGCUGGAACAAAGAAGUAGAAUCAAAGGCACUUUAGACAGAGAUGCUGAAUAUAUUAGAGAGUUAAGGAGACACCUUGUCUUUUACCCAAGUGCACGUCCUGUACUCAGUUUAAGCAGUGGAAGCUGGACAUUAAAGCUUCAUUUCUUUCAAGAAGUUAUAGGGCCUUCCAUGAGGGCAUUGUAUAUUGUAAGGGACCCUCGAGCAUGGAUCCACUCAAUGCUGUAUAAUAGCAAACCAAGCCUUUAUUCCUUAAAGAAUGUACCUGAGCACUUAGCAAUGCUAUUUAAGGUACAAAGACAUAAAGACAAAUGUAACCUGAAUUCAGGCUAUGCUUUUGAAUAUGAGUCAUUGAGGAAAGAGCUAUCAGAUCCCAAAUCAAGUCCAGUGUCCUUACUGGCUCAUUUGUGGCUAGCAAACACAGCAGCAACACUGAGAAUCAAUAAGGAUUUGCUGCCAACCAACUAUCAGCUGGUCAGGUUUGAAGAUAUUGUGAAUUUCCCACAGAAGACAGCUGAAAGGAUUUUUGCCUUUCUUGGUAUUCCUUUAUCUCCUGCUAGUUUAAACCAAAUAUUGUUUGCCACAUCCACAAACCUUUUCUAUCUUCCUUAUGAAGGGGAAAUAUCACCAACUAAUAUUAAUGUUUGGAAACAAAACAUGCCUACUGGAGAAAUUAAACUGAUUGAAGACAUCUGCUGGACAGUAAUGGAUCUUCUAGGCUAUCCAAAGUUUACGGACUGAAUGCUGCAGGUCGGCAGUCAUUUGCACUAAUGAUUUCCAACCCAAUUUGUGGAUAAAAAUUAGAAGAGUUUGUUUAUUCUUGUAAAAUGUGUAUAUAUAGUCUGUUACUUGCACAGAGAGAUUAUUUUAAAAACAGACACCAUAUUUGGCCUCGCAGGAUUUCUUUUUACUUUAAAACAAUUUUUGCUGCCUUUCUGUCAGAAACUUGACCAGCUAAAUGUUUUUUGUUUGUUUGUUUUUGUUUUUUUAAUUUGUUUUGAUUUGAAUGGGUGAUUAGGUUAGGGGUGGGAGGGAUACAAGGGAAGAGGAAAAUGGGAGGAUUCAAAUGGAUUUCUUCAAUUCUAAUAUAGUUCCUCUAGCCCUGGGCCUCAGAAACUCCUAGAAUCCUUGGUGAUGCUGCUUUACCCAAAUUUUACUUACUUUCAAGAUGGGCUAGAAAAAAAAAAUCCUCACUUCUUUCAAAAGGCCCUCCAAUGUGUUUAUUAUACACAAUAGAGCUUACUCUCCUUUUACUCCCUUUAACAUUUAAUGAGUGGAGAAGUAGUGAAAGCUUCUAUCAGAUAUGACAGGAUGCUAUUCCCAAGAGGUAUAGAGAUAUAAACUAGUGUUUUGGAAAGAUGGGAAAGUAGUCGCCAGAAAUGUCCCCUUAGACUUCUUUAUCUCAGAAGCAAUAAGGAACCAUUUGCUUUUGAAGAAUAGAUAUGAUGGCUAUGACCUUCUGAUUGCUAUUUUUUAGAAUUGUUAUUGAAUCAAAAUCCCUUUUACUAUUUUCUUUGCCUAUAGAAAGUCACAACCAUUGUUUGUUAUAUCCUUCUAUCCCUGCUUUUUCUUAUAUCAUGAGUCCAAAUGACUAGCACGAUCUAGUUGAAAUACUAUCUUUGUCUCUUUUAGUGAUCACUUUUGCAUGAAUUCAGUUUAGAUUUAGAACCAAUUUUUUGUGGGUUAACAUAGCACUUGAAUAAUUUCUUUCAUCCAUAAUUGUUUUAUUUUUCCUUUUAACUAUACAGUGAUAUUUUUGCCAGUAUGUCUUUCUGAUAGAAACACCAUUUAAAAACUGCCUAACUUAUCUUGCUCAGCAUUUUUUUGAACAUGUGUACAUACUGUAAAUGUCUGCAGAUGUGAGAAUCAAAUUGGAGAUGAUGUCAGAGACAUCUGUUUCCUCUGCCAUCUGCAUUUUAUUACAAAUGUAGUCGUCAUGAAAUAUGGUUCAUUUUAUUUUUGUAAAAUCUGAAGUCAGAAUGUUGUGCUAUUACAAUAUGCUGGUGGAGUAAUUACAGUGUACUGGAUGAAAACCAUUAGGUAAUGUCAAGACUUGAUGAGAAUCUCUGUACAGAUUGCAUCCCCUUUCCUGAUGUUUAAAUCUGUGGUUUUCCCCAACCUCUGCAACACUUGUGACCUAGAUAAAAGUGGCUUUUUUUCAGUCAUUUGUUAUUAUGUCAAAAUGUGCCUCCAGCGUGAUAAAGCUGUUGAUAUGUUGCAUUCCAGUCCAACUUAACUUGAGUGUUGUUUUUCUUUGAUUAUCAAAAGGGUGAACAGGAGGUGAUUCUUCACUUCCUUUCUGAAAAUUUGCCCAAGGAAAUGGCAAACUAAGUAAAAAUUACAAUUUUUAAACUAGAAUGAGCAUUCAAGUGGACUUGAAACAAUGUACCCCAAAGAAAAAUGUUAUCUAACUCAGUGUUAUAAUUAGGAAAUUGUUAAGUUGUUGCCAGAAAUAUUUCUGCUAUUUGACAGAAUUGGAAAUUUACAGGACAGAAAUUUGAAAUUAAAUCUGAAAGAGGAAAAAAAAAGGCUCUCAGCUGGCAUCAACUUCUCUUGAAGAUGAGAAUGACAAGUAAAGUAUACCGAGGAAAGAGGAAAUUAGUUCUUAUUAUUAAUAUUGUAAUAUAAAUGAACAAUCACAGUAAAUGAGUGAGAAUUUAUGUCACUGUAAGAGGAGGAAAAAAAACAAAGUAAUGAUGCUGAUAAAUGUGUGUGUAUGUGUGGGGGUGUGGUGAGGUGUAUGGAUAGGUUUAGGAGUUUUAUUUUAAGAAAAAAUACUUCCUAUUUCACAAUAGAAAAAUAAGAUUCUAUGUCUCCAAAACAAGAACUUUAUUGUUCUCUUACUUUUGCUAAAUUCUUCAACAUAUAUUUCCAUCCCUAAGCACAUGAAUUGUUGAAAGCAUUUCUUCUUUAUUUCUGUGCUCAACUGAGAUAACAUAUUUAAAAUACUUAAGAUACCUGUAAGUUCUACAUAAAUGCUACUUAUUGUUAUUACUUAAAAAUUUCUUAGAAUAAAUAUUCUUAGAAUAAUAGAACCAGAAGAGAAUUUUGAGAUCAUCCCGCUUGAACUAUAUUUUAGAGAUAAGGAAACAGUUCUAGAGGGGUAAUAUGACUUGUACAACAUUAUACAUCAAUUGAGAUUGGAUUUAUUGUAAAACUUCCUUUAAAAACUGAGCUCCCUGACUUCUAGAUAGUACAAUGCUCAGUGCCUUGUACCACAUUCUCCUAAUGGAGAAAACUUCCUGACAAGUUCCUAUCCAGAUUAGAGGGAGCAUUUACAGAAAUCUUUAGCUGAAUAUGAGUUUUUAGAUAACUAGGAAAAAAGUUAAGGAUGGUGGUUAUCACAUCAUUUUUUUAGGAGUCUUCCCCACUGCCUUUUAAGGAGGCUGUCCCUCCUUUCCACAUAAUUUUGUUUGUAGUAAGUUUCCACAGAGUAGAAAGGCUAUCCCUGAAAAUAAUCCAAGUCAGGAAGAUGAGACUGAUAUCAAUUUGCAUAGUUUGUCACUUGAAAAGUAUUUAAAAGCUAACUUGACUCUUCAUCUGCUCUUCUUCACUGGUUCAAGUGCAAGGGACAUGAAUGUGCACUUCUAUUACAGUUGGCACUAGUGCUAUCUGAAUCAAUAUUUCAGGGGUUUAUUUUUCUGUCAUUAUGAAAACUCCAGCUGGACUAGUAACUCCUCUGUCUUAGUAUAUAGACUAUAUGUGUUGCUAGAGCCAAUGAUAAUAACAGCAAUACAAUAUUAUACAAUGCAAUAAUAAUAAUGGCUAUUAUUAUUAAAAGUAGCAAAAGGACAGUCUUCUGAUGAUGACUUGAGGGAGGACCAGGUUGACAGAUACAUGUAAUAUAUAUUAGCAGGCAUAUACUCAAGGGCCUCCAACUGGUUUGUAAUAAUCAUAAAAUGUCUCAUUUGUAAAGCACUUUAAGAUUAAUAAAGCAUUUAUAUCUAUUUUCCUUUCAUCCCCACAAUAUCCCUUGGAGGUAGACAGUUUUAGAGAUGAAGAAAUAGGCUUAGUUAUUUGUCUUAGGUCAAAAGGUAGUAGACAUUAAAACUAGAAUCUCCUCAGAAAGAGCAUCCUGAUGAUUUAACGUUCAGUCUGGAAUUAUCCUUUGUUAUAAUGUGACAUUAUAAUAAAUAGAAGAAGGGGCAGAAUAAAAGAGUUUAAACAUAGGAAUUCUUGGAUAUUUGUUUCAUAACCAUUUAAGUUUCAAAGUCAAACAAUGUUUUGUUGGAGAAGAUCAGUUUAUAUAUCUUGAUUCGAAUUAUGUAAUUUUUAACAAGGUUAUUUAAGCUACAUAAAGUAAUUUGCUUAUGUAAAGAAAGUCAAGCUCUGAAUUUCCACAACUAUGCCUGAGAAAGAUGAACAAUGAAAAGAAAAAAAGUAAUAUAUUCAGAAGGACAGAGUGUAUGAAAGUUUAACACAUAGGAUCUAAGUAAGAUUUUAAAAACACUAAAAAGAAAACCAAAAUAAAAGCAUCCAAAAGCUAGGGCAAAUAUGUGUAUGGUGGUAAGGUACAUAAAUUCUAAAAAUCUUAGAGUAUGCAUUGUUACUCUUAAAAAUUAAGUCUUCCAUGAUGAUAAUAAAUUACUUAACAUUUUUUCUGGCACUUUAAGGUUUAUAGAUAAUUUCAUCCAUGAUAGCUCUGAUAUGACAGUUAAUAAUGGGAAUACUCAUUAUCAUAAAACAAUAUAAUUCCUAUUUUGUGGAUAGAUAAAUUGAGACUUUGAAAAUUUAAAUAACUUACUGGUGGUCACAUACUUUACAUAUAUCAACCCCAGCAUUUGGAUUUGCAUCCAGAAUGUUUUCCAUUUUUUUAUGUUGGGUCACCAAACAACACAAAAAAUAAUGACAUUGUUAGGAAAUUAAUGAGUUGGCUUCUUUAUGUUUUUGUUUCUCUGGAAUAUCAUAGAAAAUUUUGUCCAUGUUUUCAAUGCCUUUAAUUUGCUUUCAUUUUAUUUAGCAUUGUGAGGAAAUUAUUUUUUUAAAUUCAUACAUGGGGAUUUUAGAAUCCAUUCAAUUAGAAUUCAUUUCUUCUUUCUGUUAGAGAAGACCUUUGAUUAAAUUUUCAUCCAAGCAAAACACAUGACCAAAAUGGUACAGUUUUAACUAUCUCAUCCUGCCCGAAAGUAUUCAGCAACAUAAAAUGGAAAGAUAAAGGUAAAUAAAGGAUAACAUUCCACAAUAACAAUAAUAAUAAUAAGGGUUAUAUUCCUCAAAAGAUCAAGACAAUUUAUGAUUGAUUUUUACUAAAGAGUGUAAUUAUUUAGACUGACAAACCUAACCCAGGUAAGCAAGUGUCUGUGAGUGUACAUACACAUACACACACACACACACACACACACACACACAUAAGCAAGCAAAAGAGGAAGGCUUUUUCAUUUUCUUAUGGGUAGGGGAAAUAUCAGUGUUAAAUAAAUGAAAUAUGUGGGAAAAACCCUUCUUUGGUCUUUGGAGACCAGAACUCUUAACUAGCUGCUUGAUAUUGACCAAGUAACUCAGCCUUUCUGUGCCUAUUUCCUCAUCUGUGAAAGGUGAGUUUUGUAUUAAGUGAUCUUUAAAGUUUCUUCCAGGUGUAAUAUUCAGUGAUUCAAGAAGCAUAAGUUUUUCUGCCACCUGAAAACAGUUGAUUUUGUUUCUUGCCUACCUGUAUUCUCAGAUAGAUGUGGAACUUAAUCCCAUGCUAAAGAUAGUUUUUAUAUUUAGCUAAAAAAAUUUUUUUUUUCAAAUGGGAAGAAAACAAACUAUGUUUCAGCACUGUGCUAAAUAUCUUGCAAACAUUAGUUCUUUUGAUUCUCACCACAAGUAUGAGUUAGGUGCUAUUUUCAUCCCCAUUUUAAAGUUCAGCAAACUGAGGCAAAAAUUAAGUGACUUGCCUAAGGUCACAUGCUGGUGAGUUUCUAAGGUCAGAUUUGAAUUCCUUUUUCCCAAUUUCAGAUUCAGCUCUCUAUACACUGAGCAAACGUUGGCAUCAGUUUUGUUUACAAUGGCCUUCAAUUAUUUUUUUAAAUAUUAUUUUCUUUUUUAUCAUCAGCACUUCUUGCCCACAGCCAACCAUAAGGUCAUAGAUAUGGAACUGAAAGGAACCUUAUAGGUCACUGAGCCAGACUGCAAGUGCAAAGAAGAAUACUGAAUCUUGGGGAAAUAUAAAUAAUUUCUUCAGCUUAUAUAGUUCAGAGACAGGAUUUGAACCCAGAGCCUCUGACUAUAAAUCCAAAGUCUUGUACUAUACCACUCAAAGAAAAACACAUCCAUAUUGAAGAAAUCAUAAGGUGCUUAGGGUUGUGAAGUUUAUCAGAUAAUAGUCUGAGAAUAAGCAGGGUAGAUAAAAACAUGGAAGCUUGCAUAUUAAGCACCUCAGUCCUAAAACCCAAAUGUAUAUCUCUCAAUAUUGAGUUAUUUUCCUAGCACUUGUAAUAGACUAGAUCUUGUCUCAGAUUCAAGCUGACAUCAGUAUUUUUCUUUCUUUCUAAACCAGAUGGCUGUAGUCCUAACUGCCAUGAGAUGAAAAAUCACACUGACCAUCUGAGAAGGUUUAUUUAAAAAGAAAAAAAAAAAGGAAGAUGCAAUUAUCACCAAAGCUUCUACAUAUUCUCUAUUAAAACUAGAAUUAUCUUCCUUGAAAUUGUAAAAUCUCAACUAGAAGAAACCUUUAAAGAUCUAGUCCAGCCCCCUCAAUUUUACAGGUGAGAAAAUUGAGACCCAGAGAGGUUAAAUCAUGUGACCAAUGCCACCCAGAGAGAGAGAGUAAAAUCUAAGAAUCUGAUUCCAGAGUCAUCUCUACACUACCAUAUACCUCUUAACUGAAGCUGCCAUAUGAGAAUAGAGAAUCAUUUGAAAAGCCUAAUGGUAUUUAGCCUAUAGAAAAUAAGGCUCAGGAAAAUAUGAUAGUUGAUUUCAAGCAUUUAAUGAACCAUUCUGGAAAGUGGAAAUUAUACUUUUUUUUUUUUCUGUUUGUCCUUAUGUGACAGAACCAGGAGCAAUAGAUAAAAGCUAUGAAGAGAUAUAAAUUUAGGCUUGAUGUCAGGAGAGAAAAAGUGUCUAAAAGAUUAGAUCUAAAAGUGAAAUGAGUAACUACCUUGAGAAAUAGUGGGUUUUGUCAUCUACACAGUUUUUCAAACAGGACCUGGAUGACCAAUUUUUAGAUAGGUUAUUCUAGUGAAAUUUCCUCUAGGGUAUGUGUUAUAUCAGAUGACUCCUAAGGUCCCUUCUGAUUGUCAUAUUCUGUAAUUCUUGUGAACACAGAAUCUUUUAAUUUUCUACUAUUAUGUAGAGUUUUAUACUUUGUAACCUGUUCUUUUCACAGUAAUCCUCUAAAUGCAAAAUACAUUAUCAGGAUAUAUAUUUAUUAAAAUUGAGGGUUUGGGAGAUUUAAGUUAAUUUGUCCAUUUAACUGGACUCAGUUAAAUGAUUAAAAUAAAUGACUCAUAACCAUGUCCUCUGAUUCAAAUACUGUGCCCUUUCUACUAUAUACCACAAAAAUCAAAAAAAAAAAAAAAAAAAA